AUGGCAUCUUUACCACUUCCCCGCGUGGAGUCCCUUUUGGAUUAUACUUCAUUUCAGCUCACCGUUCUCCCCUACUUGGCCCAGUUACAAUGGCUGCCCGACAGCUUGCGCGAAGCUGGUAGCGAUGUGUAUAGCUUGCGAGCUGUCUAUCUAGCUACCAACCCCCUGGUCUCUGCACUUGCUUUCUGUGGAGUUCUGGCUGGUCUGCUUUUCAUCGCAGCCGAGAUCAACCGGAACUAUUCACAAAUAGACCGGUUUUGGAGCAUUCUCCCCGCGCUGUAUAACGUGCAUUUCGCCCUCUGGGCUCGUUUGUCCGGAAUCCAGACCCAGACUUUGGAUACAAUCGCUGUCAUCACUGUUCUCUGGAGUGUUCGCUUGACUUUCAACUACUGGCGCAAAGGAGGAUACUCGAUUGGCUCGGAAGACUACCGCUGGGAGGUCGUGCGCGCUAAAGUGAACAAUAGCUUUGUUUUCAUGAUCUUUAACCUCGGAUUCAUUUCAGUGGCUCAGUCGCUGUUGCUCCUUCUCAUCACCACUCCGACAUACGUUUUUGUUGUCGCCGCAUACAACCAGGGACCCGAGACCUUUGGCCUUCCUGACCUUGCCUUCUCCCGUGCUGCAUUUUUCUUCAUCAUUAUUGAAUUCUUCGCCGACGGGCAGCAGUGGAAGUUCCAGUCUGCUAAGAAGGAGUACCAAACCAACGCGCGUAUUCCCGAGCCCUACAAGGACCAGUUCUCCGCUGAGGAUCUUGAGCGGGGCUUUGUUGUCAGCGGCCUCUGGUCUUGGUCGCGACACCCCAACUUCGUCGCUGAGCAGGCAUUUUGGUUGACCAUGUAUCUGUGGUCCUGCUACCGCACCGAGACUUACUUCAACUGGACCGGUCUGGGUGCUUUGGGAACUCUUGCUAUCUUCCAGGGAAGCGUACGUCUAACUGAGGCUAUUAGCGCUGGCAACUACCCCGAGUACAGUGACUACCAGGCCCGCGUUGGCAGGUUUGUCCCUCGCCUGUCUGUCAAGGCGAGGAAGACCAAGAAGGCCAGCAAGAAGAGCGCUUAA